AUAUCCGCGGCGGCGUUUCUCCGAUUUCCCGAAUCAAUGGCGAGUCUCCGAGGAGUCCUGCUCAACGUAACUUCCUAUUGCCAGCGUUCUCUCACUCAAUCGUCGCAUUCUACGUCGGAGCUGUUGUCUCGAUCUAUGGUGAAGCAUCCGAACAAUCUCGGUCAAAUUCAAGCUAGACAUUUCACAACAACGCUUAUGAAAUCGGGACCGAAGCAUAGUGGUACAGAGCAAGGCGUGAAGAGAAACAGUGCCGAUCACAGACGUAGAUUGCUCGCGGCUAGAUUCGAACUGAGAAGAAAACUCUACAAAGCAUUUUGCAAAGAUCCAGAUCUUCCCAGCGAGAUGCGAGACAAGAAUCGUUAUAAGCUCUCGAAAUUGCCGAGAAACAGUGCCUUUGCGCGAAUCAGAAACAGAUGUGUGUUCACUGGUCGAUCUCGUUCUGUGACGGAGCUGUUUCGUGUGUCUCGAAUCGUUUUUCGUGGAUUAGCAAAUAAAGGUGCUUUGAUGGGAAUCAAGAAGUCGUCUUGGUAGCUGCAUUAUGUGACUGAUCCAAAAGAAGAAGAUGAUUCUGAAGAAAUGGGAGCAAGGAAAACAAAGAACUUUUGCGGCUACUGAAUUUUGUGGUAAAUACAAUUACCAAAGUAGCUGUUUGUUUGAUGGUGGAAUCAUUUUAACACCAUUGCAAAACUUAGUUUGCUUUUCACUAGUGUUGCUCUUUGUUUACGAUCUCACUCAGGAUUCUAGCAAUUCUCGUUGAAUAAGUUAAUCAAAGUCACAAAUCUUG